AUGCACUUGUUGCAGAUCAAACCGCCGGCGAUUUUCAUCCUUGUCGUUCUCGUCACCACCCUCCUCCCCCCAACCGUCCGAUCCAACCCUAAUCCCAUCAAAUUGCCCUCCGAUCAAGCGGAAAAUGACAUCUGCCCUUUGAAUUCAAAGCCUGAUGUCUGCCCGGUGAAAUGCUUCCGGCCCGACCCGGUUUGUGGGGUCGACGGCGUCACGUACUGGUGCGGUUGCACCGAGGCCCAUUGCGCAGGCGCGCGAGUGAAGAAACUAGGGUUUUGCGAAGUGGGCAAUGGCGGGUCGGGCACCGCGGGCCAGGCGCUGCUGUUGGUUCACAUAAUUUGGCUGAUCUUGCUUGGGGUAUUUGCGCUGUUUGGCCUUCUCUAA